ACGAUAUUCUAUAUGAAAUGCUUAUAAAAAAAACGACCACUCUCACUAUCGGAAUCAUGUUGUAAAAUUGUUUGACUACAAAGAUAAGGAUGAAACAAGUGAUAAUUCAUAUUGUUUGGGUGUUGUGGUUAAUGAUUAACACCAUUCGGACUGACGGUUUUAAAUGUGGCGUCCAAAAGGUGAGGGAUGGACGCAUAGUUGGUGGUGAUGAUGCAUUUGAUGGAGAAUUUCCAUUCAUGGUGUCUGUUCGUCGUGGUGGUAGUACAUUUGGAGGGCACCACUGUGGAGGAGUGAUUAUAAAAAAGCUUUGGAUUCUCACAGCUGCUCAUUGCGUAAGAAGUUACUCUCCAAAACAUUUAACGGUAAGAGUUGGAGAAUAUGAUCUGACAAAAUUAGAAAACUUUCAUUCUGAGGAAGAUUAUUCGAUCGAAAAGAUAAUCUUACAUCCAAAACUGAAUCACCCGAAGCGAUACAAUAAUGACAUAGCUCUACUGAAACUGACGAAGCCUAUUAAAUAUGAUAGUUACGUGGGACCCUCUUGUCUGCCUCAGGAGGACGAGGAUUUUUCUGGACAGGAAGGAACAAUUAUGGGCUGGGGUUUUCUAUCCGAGAAUGGUGGAGAACGCUCUAAUGUUUUGCAAAAACUUCUUGUUCCCAUAAUGAAUAUAACUGAAUGCCAGCUCUUGUAUGAUGAAGCAAAUUUAAUGAGAAGGGUAGAAUUUAUUCCAGGACAAGUAUGCGCCGGAUACAAAGAAGGAAAAAAAGAUUCUUGCCAAGGAGAUUCUGGAGGACCGUUAGUUGUAAGAAGAAAAGGUCGUUUUACUGUCGUCGGUGUUCUUUCAGCAGGAAUAGGCUGUGCAAGACCUCUGUUACCCGGCAUCUAUACAUCCGUCCCCUUCCAUCUCACUUGGAUUAAUCAUACAAUUCAAAGAAAUCAUGAGAUUUAAAUAAUUAGUACAUCCACACAGAAAUCAUAUCAAUAUUUAAAGAGUUUUUAAGAAUCAGGUUUAGAAAAAAAAAUAUUUUUUAUUAUAUGCACUUACACUUUGUCUUAAAUGUUACACUUGCAAUGUAAAAUACAGUUGAAAUAUGAUUCACUGUUUGAAUUUAACACAAAUUUUAAACAAUAUCAUCACUAACAAAGCUUUUAGACUAUCAUUUAUCCCUAACCAAUUAGAAUUAUUUAUCCCUAACCUUAGAGUGUUCUAAGGUAUGCCACAGAUAUGUGUAUUUCACAAAUCGUACCUACUGUAUUCCAUUAUACAUUUUCUGUUUUGUAAAAACAUUUUGCCUAAUAAAAGGAUUUUAACUGAA